AUGUCAGAGGGUAGUGACGGCCAGAACAGGUCUGAAGAGCAAGUAAAUCUCAGUGACGGCACUAGUCCCUCCGACAACAGCUAUGAUGAUGGAAGCAGAAGCACACCCGGUAACUUGCCUAAGGCUGCAACUAGGCAAAGGAAGAACAGAACUUCAGAAUCUGAGGAUGAGGAUUUUGUCAUUGAGGAGAAGGUCACCUCAAAGAAAAAGGUGCUCAAGAAGGAGUAUGCUACUGCUGCCACCAAGCCUGGAAUGCAGAAGAAGGCUCCUGCCAAGAGAAAUCCUAUGUUUAAAGCCAGAGCCUCCACUCAAGAAACUAUGGAGUUCACUCUUGAACCAAGAGAAGAAGAGGCUGCUGGAGGAAAGAAGAGGAAGGAGAGAGUCAAGAAGACUAUGGCUAGAGUUAUUGGCAAACCUUCCAUGAUGAGAGGUUCAGAUGAAGAUGAGGAGGAGGAAGAGCCAGCUGCACCUCCACCAAAGACUCAAAAGCUCAUGGGGGAUGCCAUAAGGACUGGGGCUGCUCCAUCUAAGCCCAAGUCAAUCCCCAAGCCUCCAACCCAAGCUCAAGCCUCCAAGUCUACUGCGCCCAAGAGAUCCACCAGAAACAUAUCUGCUACUGAGAAGAACAAGGCCCCAAUGCCUGAGGCUCAAGAAGAUGAAGAGCUGCAAAUGCUCAGAAAAUUAAAGCCCAAGAUUCCAGAUCACAGUGAUGAUCAUCCAGUGGCUCAAAACAUGAAGGAAAGGAAGGAUGUAGGUCUGAGACUAUGGAGGCAGACUGAUCCUUAUGCCACUCGGAGGAGGACUGCUGUAGAUUAUCGUUUCCACACCAAGGAACAACAGGGUUUUAUGACACAGUCUUGCUAG